AUGGCUGAAUCUGAUCUUCCUCGUUUCUUCAAAGUUUUCAUCUCCCGUUUCUACUCUGAUUCCUUGCAAAUCCCCAUUUCCUACCACGACCAACUUCCUCAUCCUCUGCCCAAAACUGCAACUCUCCAAGGAAAUGGCGGAUGCUUUUGGAAAGUCUCCAUGAUACAGAGGCGAGAUGAGGUGUUUUUCGAACAAGGAUGGUCCAAAUUCGUCGAGGACAACUCUCUGGCUGAUGGAGACUUCCUCACGUUCGUGUACAACGGAGAUAGCGUCUUCGAAGUGAGCACCUACGAUGGCCGCACUGCAUGUAAAGUGAUCAGAGCAAGAGCUACUGCAGUCGAAGACGACAAAGAUGACGAGAUCUACAUUCUCAGCAGCGGCAAAGACACAGAUUCUGGUUCUGAAUCCGAGACAAUAGCCAAUGAAAUCCUGAGAAGCAAGGAAAAAGGAAAGUCGAAAGUGGAAGAUGUGGAGGAGUCCGAUGAGAAAGAAGACAGUGAUGCUCAUGUAAGCAGUGAAGACACGGACGAGACUUGUUCUGAAUCCAAGAUGUCCAAAGCAGUCGCUCCGAGUAGAAGAGUCAAAGGAAAUAAGAAAGUUGUGGUGGAAUCUGAUGAAGGCAGUGACAGUGAUGAUGAGGAGUAUGUUGAAGCGUUUGGUCGAUUGGAUGUUGAAGAGAGUUCUAAGAACAGUGACACUUCGUAUGAUCCGGAUAGCGACGACACAGCCAACAAUUCUGUGAAAAAUAAGAAGAAGAAAGGAAAGUCCAAAGUAAGAGAUGAUGUGGAUUCACUUAGUGACGGUGACGGUCCUGGUACUUCGGGACCGAAACGAAAGAGAGGAAAAGUGGAUCCAAGAAUCAAAGAUCCAGAGAGGUUCUUGGCUGAUCCAAUGAACAUACAUUUCGAGACAAUCUUGAAGAACAGGAAACACGAGCUGUUGGUUCAUGCACAAAUAGUGAGAGACUAUUACUUGGAGUUUAAACCUACCGUUGACUACAUGGACAAUCACAAAGACGGGAAGCUUGUAGCGAAAGCUAUAAGAUGGGCGGAUUCGCGAGUGUGCAUCAAGAAAUGGAAACGCAUAUGCGAGAGGAACAAGGUGAAGGAAAACGAUGCGAUUUUAUGUGAACUCCUCCGCAGAGGACGUACUGUUUACGCUGUUAGAGUCCAUAUCGUCCGGGAAGCAGAUCUGUAA